AUGGAAAAGUCACUGAUUACGAAGUAUCUCAGUCAGAAAUCCUCCACUUCCACGUAUAAACGUGGACAUCAGAUUCAGUCAAAACAAACACGAGAGAAUAAAACUACUGGAGAAAACAUAGUGAAACGAACAAAACGAAAAUAUCGUUGUCGAGUUCGAAGUCCAGAAACCAUCCGACGAACGAAACAAAUUCGUCGAAGUAAAGCUAAUGCUCGAGAACGUCGCCGGAUGCAUAAUUUGAACGAAGCAUUGGAAAAAUUACGACGAAUACUACCACAACUUCCAGAUGAACCGAAGCUUACUAAAAUCGAAACUCUUCGAAUGGCCAACAAUUAUAUUUAUGCCCUGAGGCAGAUCCUCAGCAGUAGUCAAGAAGAAGAGACAAUUAGUACAACUCAUCACUUCAUAUCUCGGUAG